AUGGCUCAAGAGGAGCUCAAGAUAGGUGGGCUGCAGACCCCAUGCCAUGCUGCCUCCACGCAGUCCACCGUGACCAGCAUCCAGUGUGAGCCCCACAUGCCCAACCAUGUCAUCUGGUCCCUCUUCAACACGCUCUUCCUCAACUGCUGCUGCCUGGGCUGCGUGGCCUAUGCCUACUCCGUGAAGUCCAGGGACCAGAAGAUGGUGGGCGACAUGAUCGGGGCUAAUUACCUGAACAUCUUCUCUACAGUCCUCGACCUCCUGGGAGUCCUCAUUUUCAUCAUUCUUCUCGCCCUGGGCACAGCGAUGAGCUUCCAAGCCCUGUCACAGAUGAUGGGCCAGCAAGGCCGCUAG